UUUUUCUUCAACUAUAGUAUGCGGGGCUGGUGAUCUGAUCGUGGGGGUCAUGCACGUCUCGAAUAACUUAUAUUCUGUGUUUUUGAUCAUUUAUUUCCCUCCCUUCCGCUUCUUCUCUCUCCUCCUUGAAUUCUCACACUUGAUUCGAUCAAGGAAAUCUUCUCCUUCAAGCUCGCACUCCGAUCGGAGCCAUUCGCGGCCUCCAAUUGCUUGCAGAGAAUUGAAACUUUGAUUUAGUCCAUGAAAGUUAGAUUGAGCUGGAAGAGUGGUGGAGGUUUUGUUCGUUUCACUGAGGCGGCUUUUUGGCACAAAUAUCUUCACUGUUAUUUUAGAAGAUAGUAUUCUUGUCCUCAAGUAGCCGAUAUUUGACCUAAACUAGUUGACAAUUUUUCUCUAGAACUUCUUGGCUGAUGAGCGGUAUAUCAAUGGAGAGGUUGUCUGGUUUCUAAGGCUGUGGAUGGUUUAAGGGGAUGAAAGGAGUGUCGUGGGGACUGGUUGUAGGGGUCACAGUUGGCGUUGUGAUCGGGAUUCUUUUGGCAACAGUUGCUUUGUUCUGCAAUUGGUUGAGGAAAAGGCAUCCUCAGCUUGGAAAUAGCAGCUCAAGGAGGGCUUCCACCGUACCUAUCCGAACUAAUGGAGUGGAUACAUGUACAGUACUAUCGGACUCAACAAUCGGCCAGGAAUCCCCGAGAAUUCCAGAAGAGAGCAGCGUUUCAUUGUGGAUUGAGGGACCUAAAAGAAAAGGUGUGAUGUCGGUGUCCGGCAUACCUAAGUAUGCUUACAAGGAUUUGCAGAAGGCAACUUGUAACUUUACAACUUUGAUUGGUCAAGGUGCUUUUGGUCCUGUAUACAAAGCUCAAAUGUCAACAGGUGAGAUAGUUGCAGUCAAAGUGCUAGCUACUAAUUCUAAACAAGGGGAGACGGAAUUUCAGACAGAGGUUCUUCUUCUCGGGAGAUUGCAUCACCGGAACCUUGUAAACUUGGUAGGAUAUUGUGCUGAAAAAGGCCAGCAUAUGCUGAUAUAUGUCUACAUGGCAAAUGGCAGUCUUGCUUCUCAUUUAUACAAUGAGCAUAAGGUAGCACUAAGCUGGGAUUUGAGGAUUAAUAUAGCUCUGGAUGUUGCAAGAGGCUUGGAGUAUCUUCAUGAUGGUGCUAUUCCAUCUGUUGUUCAUCGGGACAUCAAGUCUUCAAACAUUUUGCUGGAUAGAACAAUGAGAGCUAGAGUUGCCGACUUUGGCCUUUCAAGAGAAGAAAUUGUCAGCCGGAACGCACCAAUUAGAGGAACUUAUGGCUAUCUUGAUCCUGAAUAUGUUUCUUCGAAGUCUUUCACAAAGAAAAGUGACGUGUAUAGCUUUGGAGUUUUGCUUUUUGAGUUGAUUGCCGGAAGAACACCACAACAAGGUCUCCUGGAGUUUGUUGAACUGGCUGCCAUAAAUGCUGACGGAAGAGGUGGGUGGGAAGAGAUUGCAGACUCCCGGCUUGAGGACUCUUAUGAAUUGGAAGAACUCAAUGAAGUGGCCGCCUUAGCCUACAAAUCGAUCAACCGCUUAUCCAGAAAACGGCCAUCAAUGAGAGAUUUAGUUCAAGCUUUGUCAAACACCAUUAAAGCAAGAAAUUACAGAACUCGAAGAAAAAAACACUUCUUAACAGCAACUGUAGAACAAGAGGAAUCAGCUAAUCAGGAACCUCUCUCUUACACACAACAUUUCAGGGAGAAAUCCACUGACAGUUUGUCUGAUUUGGGAGGUUUCUGACCUGAUUUUUUUUCUAAUCUUGUUAUUUUCUUGUACUUUUAUUUUUUGCAUACCACUCAAUUCCUAUGUAUUUACAUAUCUAGCACCUAGAUUUUGCUUUUACAUUUAUACCAAUUAAAUCUAUCAUACCACAUCAAAAAAAGAUCAUUUUCACUUUUAGAAAAGA